AUGGCGUCAACGAGCGACAACAACGCCGCUGCUUCGGCCAAGGACGAGGCUGUCGACAGCACCAUCAACCAGUCCGCUACACCGGUCGCAGAAGCCACAGCAGAUCAGGACGGCCCUAAAGUAGACUCCUUUGCGGCGAAACACCACCAAAGGGAGGAGACAGAGGCGACAUCGUCCGAGGCCCUCGCCCAUGACCUCGGCAAGCUCGAGAUCGAGCCGCAACACUCGGCCAGCGAAGAGGCCAAAGCCUCCACCAUGCAGUCCAAAGCAGCACAUCCAGCAGAUGACGACGAGGCCACAGAGAAUUCCGCGCCGCAAGGCCGCUCGGAGAAGCUUGAUUGGGAAGAGAGUCAGAGCAAAGAGUUGGCUUCUGCCGAUAGCAAGGAAGUGCAGGCACCGACCCACCUCGGAAACAGCGUUCAGCAAGAGACUUUGACAAGCAAAUUGACUACAGAAGCACUUACUGCGUCAGAGUUCAAACAGCAAGAUCAUGUCAAGGAUACGGAUCUUGCGCCGCAACCAUCUACCACCAAUACAGAGACAUCAGCUCAGGACCCGUCAUUUUUCGAGCCAUCCGCAUUUGCAUCCGCACCUCUCACGUCGACCACCGCAGAGUCUACAGACACCAAAGGCGAGUCCCACGCCGAAGGGAGCGCAGCAUCGACGAUGCAGCCUUCUACAUCUGCUGCGCAAAAGCUUGGACGGGCGGAUCGAGAAGCGCUUGCCGAUCCCGAAAGCGUCGCCGCUAUUGCUCAUGCCUUUGGUCGAGACUCACCAGCGCUACGCUCUUCCAUGGAUACUCCCAAGCGGGUCGCUACUCCCUCCGAGCUCCCUAACGACACCCUACAGGCCAGUCAGAGCUCUUCUGACCCAGAGAAGCAAGCACUCAAGGCUAGCGAUGAGGCCGCUGCAUCUGAAGCUACUCAGCCUUCAACCAGCUCUCCCCCCGCAGCGGCAAAGAGCAGAGGCGAAAAGGAUGCAAACAACGAGAAGAGUGCUUCGCGCAGUGGUGGUGGUAUUCAGAUUGGCAAAGGCCCGCCUCCUUCCACACAUGCGAGCGAAGAGUUGCCAUUUGACUUUAACCGAUUCCUCGAGCAGAUGAAGCAUCGAAGUGCGCAGCCCGUCGGCGAAUACGUCCGCAGCUUCAUCAAAGGCUUUGCUAAGAAGCCUUACCGCACUCAGGACCAGAUCAAGCUCAUCUUUGACUUCCUCGACUUUAUCGCCGCGCGCAUGAGGGAAUGCGAUAUAUGGAAGAACCAAAGUGAUGCCGAUUUCGAGAAUGCAAAGGAGGCGAUGGAGAAGCUUAUCAUGAACCGACUCUAUCCGUACACUUUCACACCCGCCCUCCAGAACGAAGGGCGGUGGGCAGUGCAGACCGAUGAUUUGGAGCGAGAUCGGGUACUUCGACAGCGCAUUCUUCUCUUCGGCUGGUUGAGCGAGGAGCAUCUCGAUGUGCCCGUAGGCGAUCAUUCGCGAGGCUUCAUCGAAUUCUCCAUUCAAGAGUUGCUCAAGAUCAACCACUACAAGGCACCACGCGAUAAGCUGAUUUGCAUUCUCAACUGCUGCAAGGUCAUUUUUGGCAUGAUCCGACAUCUCUCGACGCAGGAGAAUGCGGAUACCUUCAUUCCAGUGUUGAUCUUUGUGGUGCUCAAGGCGAACCCGGAACAUCUCAUCUCCAACGUUGAGUACAUCAGCAGAUUCAGGAACCCAGAUCGGCUGUCGAGCGAGUCAGGCUAUUAUCUGUCGAGUUUGAUGGGUGCUAUUACGUUUAUCGAGACGAUGGACUAUACUUCGCUCAGCAAUAUUACCCAAGAGGAGUUUGAGAACAAGGUGGAGGAGGCUGUUUCGCACAUGGAGCCCUCAGUGGCGGCAGCAUCGGGAGCGGCACGAGGGAGCUCGCUUGCACCACCCACCACACCACCGCCUAGGGCUUCUUCGUCUCCAUUCGGCGGCAAUGCAGAGCAUCAGCGCAGUGUCAGCGGACAAAGUGUUUCAGCACCAUCUGCACCGGGUGAGGAGGCAGCCAAAGCACUUCCCUUCACGCCUAUCGCAGCGACGCUUGCCGAUGACACGCGUGCCUUCUUCCUGCGCACGGGCGAGGCAGCGCGCACCGGUCUAAGUCGUCCCAUGGGAGCGUUGGGCAGACUCAUCAACGAAGGUAUCGAAGGCAUUCGCACGCCUAGCAGCAGCAAUAACGAUAGUGGAAUGUCGACGGAGCGUCCAAAUUCACCCGCUCCCAACUCAGCACCUGCAUCAUCUGGCAUGACAGCUUCCACGUCAAGAUCCAAACUUUUUGGUGGACUUUUCGGCUCUCUUGACACCUCCUCCGACAAUGCAGCGCAAGAACGAGCUCGUACAGCAGGCUAUCCUGGGCAGCAAGGGCAAGGACAACGACCAAGAGGUAUGCUCCUCGAUGAUGAGCCACAGACGCCCUCCACCAGCGAUCUUUUGCAGGAUGGUUUCCACGCCUAUCCCUCAGGAGGUGCUCCCAAUGGCCCCCAGCACCUGCUCCGGCCGAACAUGCCCCAACGAGGCUACUCGAUCGACGAGACCAUGUACGACGACGAGUCUGCCGGACGACGCAACCUCAUGGCUACCUCUGCACACUCAGCUUCUGGUCCGCGUGAUGCAGAUUACUAUGAUGACCAAGAAUCCGACUUCGAGACUCGAGCACCACGGAACGCGGCAGAAGCAGAACAACAGCGACGUCAUGCGCAAAUGCAGCAAGACUUCGGUCUGCACUCCACCCCGUCCCGUCGAUCCAACGCUGCUGGAGAAGAGCAACUGCAAGCGGGUAGGCGCGAUGAGAUUGCAUACGAGAAUGCGCAGACGGAACAAGCUAUCCAACGAUCGCUAAUGGAUCAGGCGACAUUCGGAGUAGUAGAAGCAGCUCAGAACUCUGCUAGCCUCGAGACGCUCAAAUCCAUCUUCCCGACCAUGGAUGAGGGUGUGAUAGGGAUGGUGUUGCAUGGUUGUGAAGGCAACGUGGAGACUGCCAUCGACAGGUUGUUGGAGAUGCAGUGA